AUGGAUAAAUUUGAUACAUUUACAUCAAAACCUUCUACUACACAAGAAAAUGAUUUAUUUGGAUUUGAAAAUACUGAUGAAAUAACAAACAAUCAAAACGAUGAUUCUUCACCGGUUAUGGAAAAUAAUUCUAAUUUUCCAACAUCAUUUCCAUCGGAUAUUUCAUCAACACAUUCAUUCAAUGAUAACUUGAAUAAUAUUGAUUCAUCACAAACAUUAAAUCCAACCGAUGAUAGUUUGAAUAAUAUCGAUUCAUCAGAAACAUUAAAUUCAUCCAAUGAUACCUUGAAUAAUAUCGAUUCAUCACAAACAUUUAAUCCAUUCAAUAAUAAUUUGAAUAAUAUCGAUUCAUCAGAAACAUUUUAUCCAUUCAAUAAUAAUUUGAAUAAUAUCGAUUCAUCACAAACAAUAAAUCCAUUCAAUGAAAAUUUAUUUGAAAAUGAUGAACCAUUAUAUACAUUACCACCGACAGCAGAAGAUAUUCUUUCUGAUAAUUCAAUAGAUCAACAAUCAGAAGAUCAAUCUUCAUGGAAUAUGUUUUCAAAUGAAGUUGUAUUACCAAUACAAAUUUUGAAUAAAAAACGUGAAGAAGAAAUUGCUGCAAAAGAUGCAGAAGAAAAACGAAAAAUUGAUGAAUUACGACAACAAGCUAAAAAUGAUUUAGAACAUUGGUAUAAUGAACGAAAUAAACAAAUGGAACAAAAACGACAAACAAUGAAAACUGAAGAAAAUACUUUACGUCAAUAUGCAUUAGAAAAAAGUACUAAAGUAUCAUGUGAUUGGUCAAAAGUUAUAAAUUUACUUGAUUUUACUGAUGGAAAACAAUAUUCAAAAUCAAAACGAGAUUUAACACGUAUGAAAUCAUGUAUGUUUAAUGCUAAACGUAUAAGUGAUAGUAAAAAAUUAGAAAACGGUAAUGGAAAACAAUAA